UUAUGUACAGUUUAAUAAUAGUUAAAUGAUUAUGUCGCAUUAUUCAAUUAUUCUUAUCGGGACUUCGAACCCGGAGCUGAUAUCUUAACACUCUAGUAACAUUCUUAUACUAAUAAAACGUAGACACACCAUUCGAUCAGUAGUUCGUUAUGUCCUAUUACCUAGAAAGCAGUCAACAGACUGUUUAUAACAGUUUAAUGGCAUUUCUAGCAAAAUACUGCUUCGAAUAAUUUUUAAGUUUUUCUACGUUUUUCGUUUUAGUCUUAGUUCUUUUAUACUUUAUUAUUAAGUUGGUUAAGUUAUAAAAGUUUUAAGUGUAUAAAAAUGUCAAUCAAAUUAGUGUUGUCUGUGGUCAUCAGUUUCACUAUUCUUGUAUCGUCUGAGCCAGAAAACUGCUGGAAAAAACUCUCUACUUCAACUCCGUUAUGCGGUGAUCUCGAAACUAAUAAUCUUCAACUUUGUAUAGCACAGACAAAAUGUAAUAAUGAUACUAAUUCGAAUUUUUGUUCAACGGAGUUCAUCAGUUAUAACAAUGGUAACUUGACAAGAACUUCUUCGUUGUCUGUAAGUACGGAGCACUUAUACCAUACAAAAAGAUCGACAACUGCAGAAGCAUGGAUCGGUGGUUUCAUAGCCGUAAGUGUCAUAAGUUUGUCUGGAUUAAUCGGAGCACUAUUUUGGCCUCUUCUUAACGAUCCAAGAAAAAAGAGCUUUGUAAUGAGAAUACUUUUAGGUUUAGCGACAGGAUCAUUAUCGAGUACAGCAAUUUUUCAAUUAAUACCAGAGGCAUUCAAAAUUUCAGAUUCUUUUCCUCAUUUUCGAAUAACUGCUGUGAUAAUGUGGAUUAGCUUUUGGGGGUUGUAUAAUCUGGAAAUAUUGGCAUCAAUUUUUUUCCACAAAGAUAACCAAAAGGUGGCAGACGAUGAAAUGGGAACCCAUGUUCCGAUCGCCAAUGGUGGUACUGUAACCGAAAUAAAAAUGUUAACAACACACAACCAUGGUCACGGUCACAGUCAUAAAAUGAUCAAAACGAUUGAUGACAAAUUGCCAAUAUCGCCUUUGGCUCUACUGGUGUUAUUUGGUGACAGUCUACAUAAUAUAAUAGAUGGAAUGUCAAUAGGAGCAGCUUUUUCAGAAAAUGUGUUAACCGGUAUAUCUAUAUCAAUGGCAAUAGCUUGUGAGGAAUUUCCCCACGAAAUAGGAGAUUUUGCUAUACUCAUUCAGUCUGGUUUGUCGUUUCGGCGCGCACUAUGUUUCAAUUUCUUGUCUGCAUGUACAGCUUUUGUCGGAAUGGUUAUUGGUAUAUCCUUAGGCAACAUGGAAUAUUCGGGUUUUGUGUUCUCUUUUGCCGGUGGAUUGUUCCUGUUCAUUACUUUAUCACAUCUGACUCCUGAAAUGAAGAGUAUGAUUGACGAGAAUCUGACAGAGAGUAAAAAUUCCGCGUACUUAGGAUUACUGUUACAGAAUAUUGGAAUAUUAACGGGUGCUGUUAUUUUGUAUUUGAUCACAUUUACCAAUGCAGGUUCUCAAAUAUGAUGUCUUCCUGAACUUUCUUUUAUUUUUUGUGUGUUUCUAUUGAACUUCAUCGGAUGGAAAAUUAGAUUUUAACCAUCGAUGGAUUUUUCAGCACACAUCAUUAUCACAUAUCAAUGGACCUACAUCAUUGUUAUCAUUAUUUAUAGAAAAAAAAAUUAUUAUAAGUCAUUACUAUAUAAAUAUUGUUUUAUUAAGGCCAAAUUUUUACUGUAGUGUCCGUGUAUUAGUGAUACAAUUAUUUUAUAGUAUGUUCUGUAUAAUAUACAUAAUUAUACUAUAAUAACAUUAUCUUUUGACUGAUGCGAAUAUGAUAAAUAAUAAGAUAAACUCUUCUUGAAAUAAGGCGACGGCGGUGCUGUAUUAAGCUCAACAAAAGUAUACUUUAUCUUAGGACGGCAGCUGUUUCCAUCAAAACAUUUUAACUUUCAACGAUUUUUAUGUAUGAUUUAAUCGGGUUUUUAAUCAUCCUUGUAUUUUAAUUUUAGUACCUAACUUUGAUUUUGUCAUCAUUUGAUUUACAAAUUUGAUUUGGGUUUAGUUUUAUCUGAAAUUAUUAUUAAGUAUUAUAUUAAAAGCAUUUUGAUACAAAGUCUAAAUCGUAUAAUGCUUUCUUGUUAUGAUUUUGUAUAUAACUUUUUUAAUGUUGGUUGAAAUUAUUUUUUCUAUAGUUAUUGUGAUGUAUUUU